UUAGGGUUGAAAACAUUUGCAAGAGUCACAACUUCAGUGCAAAAACAAAAAAACAAAUCACAGUUGGAUUAUUUACUUCAACUAUUUGGCUUUUGAGAGUUUGCAUACAAAAAUCCUAAUAAAUCUCAACUGCAUUCAAACUACUGCAGAAAUGGCUAGAAAGAAGCAACUGAGUAAAGAAACAAAAGUACAGAUUUGUACAUUGAGGAAAGAAGGAUACACAGAAAGAGAAAUUGCAAAACGCCUAAAGGUGUUUAACAAAGGAGUCCACUACACUCUGAAGAGACUAAACGAACCUGGAAGUUGUAAUGAUAGAAAAAGAUCUGGACGAAAGAGAGUUACUACAAAAGCAGAGGAUAAACAUAGCAUUGUCACCAGUUAGAGAGAUCAGCAAAAGACAGCACCAAAAAUAAGGGAGGAAAUCAACACGACAAGGUUGAAACCCAUAUCUCUGACAACCGUGAAAUGACAUUUGAGAAAGGCUGGUCAGAAGGGUUGUGUAUCUGCAAAGAAACACUACUUCAUCCACAGAACAAGAAAAAGAGAUAUGAGUGGGCAAAAGCCACAAAAAUUGGACUUAUGAUGACUACACACAAGUUUGCACUGUUUGGUUCAAAACGCAGAGUCUAUGUCCGCAGACAAACUGGUGAACGUCUGAAAGCACCAUGUGUUACACCCACAAUUCAGCAUGGAGGUGGUAGUUCCAUAGUAUGGGGAUGUUUUGCAGGUGAUGGAGUAGGAGAUUUGUUUGAAGUAAAGGGUAUCAUGAAGAAGGAACAGUAUCACUACAUCCUCUAGCACCAUGCUGUUCCAUAUGGACUUCAAAAGAUGGUUUGGCCCCCUCAGUCUCCAGACCUUUCUCCAAUAGAGCUUGUGCGGGAUGAAUUGGAUCAAUCGGUCAGAAAAACACGUCCCACGAAUCAGCAGUCUCUUUUUAAUGAACUUAAGAAAGCUUGAAAUGCAAUCCCUGGAACAUACCUUAGAAAACUUGUGGAACGAAUGCCUGGUAUAAGCUGUUGUUAAAGCCAGAGGAGGUUACUUUAAAGAAAGCAAAGUCUAAGCAACAAUAACUCAAAUACCUAAAAAUUAUAGCCAAACUUUCUUCUGAUAAGUUACUCUUUACACAAUAGUCAUGUUUAUUGUGUUGCAAAUUAUAUUAUUGAAACUAUGGUAUUUUUUUGUACAAAUCUGACCUCAAAAAUUAGUGGGCACUGUCAAAAAAUGUGACAGUUCGAAAUUGACUUCUCGAAGUUGGGCUGAAGUCACACAGGGCACGGAAGAAGCCCUUCAGCAAGCAAAGGCAGCGGGAGUCUCGGUUGCUCUUCACAAGGGAUCACAAUUAUUGGACUGUUGAUGAUUGGGCUAAGGAUCCACAGAGAUAUACUUCAAUUUAACUAAUAUGUCCUGAUAACAAACAUUUAGCCGGUUAGGCCGACAACAAGUGUGUUUAAUUGGAAUUACUGGACAUUAUUGAUUAUCACAGACAUCCCUGAGUCUAUACAUUAAAUGUAACAGUUGAUAACUCUAUCCACAAAGAAUUUUGGCACAAGAAAAAUCAACAUUUUGGAAAGAUUUGUAGAUAGCCUUUCCUGAAAUAAUCACACCUGCAAUUAACAUAUAUUUUCAAUCCGCAACCUUUUUUUUUUGCAGUUUUAGCAUUAGAUUAUUUUUUCCUUUGCACUGAUUUCAGAUGAUUUGCAGACCAUCAAAUCCUGUUCCAUCAACAUUGAACCUAGUGUCCUGACUGAUUUUGAAAUGUGGUUGUAGAUAAAUACUGAUGCAGCUCCAAAGGUAGAACAUCCUUAAAAGUUCAUUAUUUUUCCCUAAAUUAAAUUCAAAAAGUAAAACGUCCAUACAUUCUUUGCUUCAUCGCACAGAAAGUUAAAUAUUUCAAGACUUUUUUGUUUGUAUCUCGAUGAUCAUGGCUUAUCAAAAUAAAAAUAAAUUUAAAAAAAAAGUCUACUUUCCCAGAUCAUCAGAAUAUUACAAACACCAAUCUAAAAGAAUGGAUUUUUUUUUUUUUACAAAAAUGUCAACCUUCUGGAAAAUAUUGUUCAUUAAAACAUUCUUAUAAAAAAGAUUUUAAGAGUGGCAUGGAGGUAAUUGUCCAUGUCGCUGCUAGGGUGUUAUUGAAGUCCAGGUCUCUCUGAUAGCUCCUUCAGCUGGUCUGUAUUGUUGCUCUGGUGUCUUUCAUAUUUCUCUUGAUGAUGCUCCAAAGGCCCUCUAUGGGGUUCAGGUCAGACCAGUUGGCUGCCAAUCAAGCACAGUGAUACCAUGGUCAGUAAACCAAUUUCUUGUAGUUUUGGUGCUGUGGGAGGUUCUGGAUCCUGCAGGAAAAGGGAGUCUGUAUCUCCAUUAAGUUGUUCAGCAGCUGCAAUAAUUUAAAGUCUCUAAAAUAUCCUGGUAGACUUUAGACUGCGUUGGCUCUGGACGUAAUAACAACUGUAAGAUCAGCAGUCUUCCUCAUGAUUGUGGUUGUGUGGAUUGACCCAGAGUGAGAGAUAUUUUCCACUGUGUGUGAUAAAUCUAGUUGGGGAGACCGUGGCUUGUUGUCACACUUUUAUAUGUUUCUUGGAAUCAAUCCAUCAUAUAUAAACAAAAUGUGUGCCAGAUGAAAGACCGAAGUCUCAGGUAUGUCUUUCAUAUUCAUGUUACGUUCAAAUCAUGUGUCAGUGUAGAGUUAUAAGCAAUCAAAUAGAGAGUGUGAACAUGUGACAUGUGGCCUCACCAUGGGGUAAGUUGUCUCACUACAUGGGGUAAGAUGUCACAGUGGAUUUUGCAGCUAAUAAAACAAGGACAGAAUUAUUGUUGUUCUCAUUUUUUUUUUUUUUUUUACAUGAAAGUGAACAUCAAAGUCAGGCGCAGAAAAUGUUUAUCAUUGAGCAAGAAAAAGUUAUUGAACAAACGUUAACAUAAAAUAUUAUACAACAUGCUCUGGAGUUUGUAUUUCAGUAUCUAGCCAAGGUAUGGUAGUUGACAUUAAAGUCUUUUAUUGUACUCCAGAUUGAUUUAUUAGCUCGGGUUUCCUGUCUGACUGCUCUCAGCAUCACGUCAGCUACUGCACUGCUAUGUUCUGUUUUUCUUUUGUAAAUCCUGACCAUGUCUUCUCACUUUCUCCUCUCUUUUAAACCACUCUUUUUUCUAUAAUAAUAAAGUCAAACUUUCAGUAUGACAACUGCUGAUAAGCAGACUCUCUGUGUUAAUUUUAAUCCCUUAUAAACAUGUGACAACUAACCCCAAAAUGACUGAGACACGUUGUCCCAAUCUACAAUUUCUGCUAAUUAAAGCUCUGUCUUAAAGUUAGCGUAAAACAGAACAAUGACUGAGGUAUGACAGGAUGUCUUAAUCUCUCCUCUAACAAGUCCACAUGUAUCACUGCUAGGAUUUUUAUUUGGAAGAAGCUUACUUUAAAAUAUAUAAGGUUUUUUAUUUUUAUUUUUUUUACUUUGGGUUGUGUGAAAUGGUUAAUUGGUGUUCAUCUCAGCUCACAAUGUGCUCUUCUCUUCUCAGACAGGACAUGACCCCUGACCAUGUAAAGGAAGAAAACUAAUAUUCCACUUUUUAGUUGUGCCCUCUGGUGGCAAAGAUUAUUGCAAUGUGGCAAUUUACCCAUGUCACAACAAGCCCUGGUCUCCCCUACAUAUGGAAGUUUUACUUUUUCAGGGCAUCCUAAUCUUUGAGAUGCACAUGUAUAAAAAUGGUGACAAAUUGUCUUAAAACACUUGGAAAUACACUGGGAAAAUGUUUUGAAAUAAAAACUGCUGCUGUUUGUUCUUUUAAUUGGUGCUGACAAAAGAAGAAGUGCGGGGAGCGAGAUAAUCAGUCCAAAAUAAUGAUGAACAUGUCAUUCUAAAUGCAGCUCCUCGGGUUUACCACUGAACUUGAAUGCGUCAUCAAAUAGAUCUCGCGAGAACUGAUUUCCUCCGACAACACUUUACGUGGCUGCAGAGCUGAGGACUGGGAGUGUUUACUGGGAUGUCACGGAUAAAGAUACUGGAUUGACAACACUUGUGUGUUGUGCACUUUUCACAUUUGAGUGUAUGAUUUGACAAAAAGCGGCGCCCGUUGUUUCUGACCGCUGUUGUCGCCGUUUCCUCUGCAGAGAGCUGCAGGAGUGUGUAGCUUCACGGGCCAAGAGAGCAGGACCCGUUGCUGCAGAAGGAUUCCCCUGCAGAUCAUCCAGCCUGUCGGUCUGAUAUGGCGGAGAUCGGGUCGUCGGUUGAAUUCUCCGGCUCUCUGUCAAGCUCAGCCCUCCCCCCACCGAGGACUCGCAUCUUUAAAAUCAUUGUAAUCGGGGAUUCAGGUGUCGGGAAGACAUGCCUCACCUACCGCUUCUGCGCAGGGAAGUUCCCCGAGAAGACGGAGGCCACGAUCGGGGUAGACUUCAGGGAGAGACUGGUCGAGAUAGACGGCGAGAAAAUCAAGGUGUGUACCACAUCCACAUGACACCUCUAUAAAUGCAAGACAUGAUGUAAGACUCAGAUCAGGUGAUACAUUGACUGACCAUUACAUAAGAUUAGUCAUGCAAAUUCAAUGUAGCAAAAUAAAUAGGGGAGUGCAGGGACAUAUGUCUACGGAAGCCCUCAGCGGACAGUCAUCCAUGUUAUUUACUCAAUAUCUCAACUUAUGUAUUGUAUUAUCAGAGAUAACUGUACUAGCAAGCUGAUUUUGGUUGUUGACUCAAGACAUCAACCAUUCCUUUCAUUAUUUCAGUGACAAAGUAUGUUUUAUCGUAAAAAAAAAUGAUUUUCUCAUCACAAGAAAAAAAAAAAAACUCUUCUACCAUAAGAUGACUGCUGCAAAUAUUUUUUUAAAGAUUUUAAAAGGGAGUUAAUAUUCAGAGGGAGGUUGUUAAUGACUUGUCUCCCUUAUGAGUACAGUUGUGCAUUUAAGGAAAAGUGUACUUUCUGAUAAAUUAAUCCUGGUUUGAUUGAAAAGACCCUUUUCAUUUGAGACAUCAAGCUAUGAGCAGAUGGUAAUUGUGUGUCCAUCCAUACCUUACAACAACCAUACCGAUAUCAGGGUUUUUCCUGGCUCAAAUUGAGGCAGAGGUGGCACCAUCCUGACCAUGCGCCACGACGUGCAUGUAUUUGUAAAUUCAACUGAUUCACUUACUUUUACAGGCAACAUACUUUAAGUUAAGAGUUCAAAAAAGAGUGUGACCAUUAUUAUGUUAAAGCAUUCAUUUAUUAAAACUAUAUACAUACACAAAUCAGCUGGCAACUUUAGAUUGAAAGUACACUUCAUCCACACAUCUCGCAACCAGACAGAACAUUUCAGCCUCCUCUCUGUCAUUCUGUAGAACCUCCUCAUGCACUCCUUGUAGUCCAAGGCCUCCUGGUCUGGUCCAUCAACGGCCACCUUACAACAGACAUCCAAGUGCCUCUCCUUCAGUCUGUUCCACAGAGGUGUCUUCACCUUAAACAAAACAAUUCAUCAUGCAUUCAGUAUUUUUGUUUUUAUUCUGAUACAGACAUGAAGAGUGAUAGUGUUUUCAAUCAUAUAUAUGUAUACGCUGCAGUGUCCUCUCUAAAAAAAAAAAAAACGACAACCAAUUAUUUCUUAAACUAUCAAAACUAUGUUAUUUAUUUUUUGUAACUUUAUUAGUUGAGUUUUUUUAGGUACUACCAUCUUUAAUAUACUUCUCCUUCUCUUCUGCUGCUUUGUGAAUGGCUGUCACCUCAUGUCUUUUUAAUGUGUCCAGCCUGUAGUUGGUUGAUGGCUGUCUCACUAAGGAGGUAGCAAUUGCCUGCUGUGUUGGGGCACAGUGCUUUUGGCAUAAACAGCAGUGCAUGCCUUCCUCAGUAUGCCUGAGCCAAGUAAAUUGAUUGAGCCACUGCUUGUCAAAGCCACUGGCUCUGUGUUUUUGAGAAGAUCUGGAAAGCGGAAUAAAAACCACGUACACGUCGGCUUUGCGUUGUUAUGCUCCUAAUUGGAAACUAAUUAAUUAAUUACCCUCGCCUCGCCGACUCGUCCUGUCCUGCAUUCUGACCCUCGCGAUCACCAGUCCCUUGUGAAGUACUUUCAGACCUGACACAAAUUUCCACGUUGUCACCACUAUGAAUUAUAGCAUUUUAACUGCCUGUUACGUUUUUUCUCUGCUGUGUUUCACCUGGACUCUUGACUUUCCUCCUCGCGAGGUCGCUUUUUAAAGUACUGGCUGAUUUUGCCUGUCAUAACUGCAACGCUAAAAACGGAGUAAACUUUUUUUUUAAAAUAAACACGACAUGCUUGGAUGCAAAAAAGACAAGCAGUAUUUACCUGUUUGUACCAUCCGCCAGGGAAAAUCAGGACGCCGAUAGCACCAACUAGCGGGAAAAAAACUUGAAAAAACAUGAUUCGAUCCGUUUCUUCUUCGGUAGAUGCUUCAGGUCUUUCCGGUGCACUGCUGUUGAUAUAGCGCCUCUAUAGUGGCGCAACGCUGCAACUGCAGUUAAAAUACGUUGCUGCUGCAUCGGGACAUCAAUCGCUCAAUCAACACAGCUGGAGCUUUACGCUGUGUUGAGCGAAAUCAAUCGCUCUGGCUGGGGGCAGCACAAAAUUAGGUGGAGGCGGCCGCCACGCAAUUUUGAACGCAGGAAAAACCCUGGAUAACCAGCAGGAUGGUGAGACAGAUUAUACAAGAAAGAGCCUCACAGUUGCACAAAAACUGCACAUUGUUGACGUCAUUGAAAGCGGCCGGAGAUUUUAUACAGAUAGUUUCAACUGUUUAAAACAGAGAGUGUCUUAUGCACUCCCCUUUCUGUUUAUGAAGCCUCUUGGCAGCUCUCCCUGUUCAGUGGUUUUUGCUCCUCAGGGUGUCAUCUCCAUCAGUUGGCUUUCUACAGUUCUGUUUGGUUAAUUAAUGGUGAAAUUGUAAGAGAUUUCUGUGUUUGUUCAGUGUCUGUCCACCAAUCACUUUGUCCACUACACGAAUGUGGAUAUAUUUCAAACCGCACAUAUUUAUGUCCGAUUAGGCCUCCCUACCACACCAAAACGGGAGUUUGGAGCACUCAAACCCGAUAAAUCUGAAUCCGGAAAAACAAGUGGAGAAAUAAAAAAAUAUCCGUAUCCCGUAUCCGUAGUGGAUUCGUGUGGUUGGACUUUUACGGAUCGAUGACGUCAAACAGCAGCUCGCGCAUGCGAAUUAAAAAGAAAAACAACAACAACAACAACGAUGGCGGACAGACAGGGUAUUCUUUACGUUUGUUUUGCCCUUUUGGGGCUAAUUUCAGCCUUGCAAGUGAACCUUGUUUUAUACAAUUACAUCCACCAGUCAGCCAGCCCACAGACGCGUCUGCUGCGGCCAAUACUUUUAUUGGUCACAUGGUCCGUCACAUGGACCCGACGCACUAGCGUAGCUUCCGCAAACAAUGCAUGACGCAUCACGCUGUUACGAUUCAUCGGCCAAUCAGUUAGCUUUGUUCCUGAUUUUUUUUUAAGCGGCACCAGAUAGGAUUUAGCAUUUAUUUAGACGGGAGUACAAAAAUAUCCUGAUAAAUAAAUAUCCACACACAUGUAGUUCGGGCCUUAGACUCCCAUCUUCUCCUUCAAGGGCAGGGAUGGGAAUUGAUAAGAUUUUAUCAAUAUCAAUGUCAUUAUCCAUUCUGCCUAUUGAUCCAAUUCCUUAUUGAAUCCCUUAUUGAUUCCUGUGUGAAAAAAGGUAGGCUCAUACAGGUUUUCUGUGUCAACAAGUCUUUGCUGACACCGAACAAACAAAAAAAAAAAGCCCUGUGAUAACAUGAAAUCUUUCUUCUGUGCAACAUUAGCAAUUUUUGUGCACCACUAUCACAUAAAUGGAGCAGUCUGCAGCCCCUGUCCUUCAGGGUUUGUUUCUAGGUAAACUUAACAAUUACCUGUGGGAACAUGAUUGGUAAAGGCUCUUUCAAGGCUUCACAGGUGACACAAAAGUAAAGUGAGGCUUUGAAAAAAAAACUGAAACUGUACUAUAUGCUCACAGAGUUUUUCAGCUUGUACAAACUAAAUCAAACUUAGCAUUUUAAGAAUUUUAAGGUUUUGGCAUUAAAAAAAACUUACAAAAUAUUUGAGGUUGAUUUGAUUAUAACAGUAGAGGGUCAUCGAAAGUGGACCUUUUUCUUUUUUAUAUCUUAAGUGACUCUAAAGCCAGCUCAUGAAAUUAAACAAAAGCAUUCAAGGAGAUGUAGGAUAUUUAAUAUAUGAUGAGAGGUUGAAGUAAAACUGAUUGUCUUGAACAUGUUAUCUAGAGGUGCAAUGAGGAAUUGGUUAAACCGUGCUAUCAGCUGAUAUAUUUACUCUGUCGUCUUCUACAUCAGCUUGCUCAUCAGCGUUUGGUGUGCCGUGCAAAGAUGUCCAUAACCAUUAUUCAUUUGUGUCAUAUCCCAUCUUACCUCUCUCUUUUCCUCUAAUUUUAUACUAGCAAGCUAGUACACCAACUGCUAAUUGAGAAAAUUAAUAGAAGUGGGUUUAUCUUGGGCAGAAAAGGUCACCUGUUGGACCAACAUGAAAGGUAAAGUCAGCAGUGUUGGCAUAUUACAGUCUCAGAGAGAGACACACAGUUAGAGAUCAUGUUCAAGCAACAAUUGUUGCUCCACUGUUGUUCAGGCCUGUUUCAACAUUUUUUUUUUUUAUGAUUCUGUUAAAUCAUAAUUAAAAAGCAAUGUCUAAUUUUCAGUAUUUUUUAUGUCAUGUCUUUUUUGCUGUUUUUGUCAUUUUCAAGUUAUUUCAUUGAAGAUUAUGAUUUUGUCUUUCACAAACAGAGGGGUACCAACAAUCUUGUCCACAUGUGUAGCAUAUACACAACAGUGUAGACUGGAGGGAUGAGAUUCAAUGUCGACAGGUGUCUAAAAUCUGUUGGAUUUCAGGAAAAGAAUACAAAUGUAUAAACUGAUAAAAUGAGGAAUUUCACAAGUUGCUGUAAAAGUUCAUCCUUUUUAAAUGGAGUUCAGUGUAAAGUGGACCUGAUGAUUAAAUUCCAUGUCAAAGAUCAAAAUGUGUUUUUUUAACCAGUGCAACGCUGUGGCUCAUUGACUUUUAAAUUAUUGAUUUAUAGUUGUUCCUCUUUUUAUUCUCCUAUUUUGUCUUGUAAUAUGAAUCAAACUAAUUCAUUUUCCUGUCCCCCCACAGAUCCAGCUGUGGGACACUGCAGGUCAGGAGCGCUUCAGAAAAUCCAUGGUGCAGCACUAUUACCGCAACGUGCAUGCUGUCGUCUUUGUUUAUGAUGUCACCAAUGCUGCCAGUUUCCGCAGCCUCCCCGCCUGGAUCGAGGAGUGUAAGCAGCACGCUUUGGGUACAGAGGUACCCAGGAUCCUUGUAGGAAACAAGUGUGACCUCCAGGACUCCAUCCAGGUGGGCACAGAUGUGGCACAGCAGUUCGCUGACACUCACUCCAUGCCUUUGUUUGAGACGUCUGCAAAGAACCCAAACAGCCAAGGAGACAGUGGCGGAGCAAACAGUGACCACGUGGAGGCUAUUUUUAUGACCGUGGCUCACAAGUUGAAGAGUCAGAAGCCUCUGGUAUUGAGCCAGCCGCCUAUGGGGUCAGGGGUCACUGUCAACCUCAACAGGGGGAGGGAUGACGGAGGAGAUGGGGCCAAAGGCUGGGGCUGCAGCAGCUGCUGAGGGAGACAAAUAAAGGGAAAAAGGGCAAAAAAUGGAGCCUGUGUGUGCACAUGGCUGAAGAGACUGGAGAUCAGCUGAGGGAAGAAAGAAGACCUUGACAGAAAGAAGGUUCAAGAAAAAUGGCUCCAUAAUCAGCACUACACAAAGAUUAACAUCACUGUUAGAAAAUGAUACAGUUUCAAUGCUUGUGCUAAAUUUAAGAAAUUAUUCUGGGCUACUUGAAACAGAAUAAAUUUCUGUCUUUGUGAUAAAGUGUCAAACAAUCCAGUCCUUCACAGAAGUCCUGAGCCACAUGAGGAUUUAAUUCACUUACUGUCACUUGUCCUGUAGUAGAAGAAAAUGUGGCCGCACUUGAUAACUGAUGUCUGAAAGGGAAACACAAUGAAAAUAUAAGGGAUCAGAAUAUGGUUUCUACAUGCAGACUUGCAGUGAACUGACAAAAAACACAGCAAUCUUCCUUUAAAUUUCUGUGCCAUUUUAUUUGUGUGACGCUUGUCAGGGAGGUCUAACUUGGUUAAUUCCUUAGUCGUUAUCAGAGGCAAUCUAGUAAUGACAGCAUUAUAUAAGACGGUGUGGAUGUUAGCUGGUUUGACCCCAUCUGUUUCUUUGGGUUUUCACUUCAGCUGACAUGUUCUAAAGGUGGUCAGAGUCUGUGUCAUUGAAGGAUUUCAGGAAAGGCUCCUGGUGGAGUUCUCCCAUAAUCAAUGUAAAUAGUUUUUCCAUUGAGUUUUCCUAAAACACAUUGUGUAUUUUCGAACCUUCAACAUUUCAGAUUCACUUGUUUAAUGAUGAAACAUUUGCAAUUUUGCAGCAUUUCAGUAUUUAGUUAUGUGUAGUGGGUUGCACCAGCUCUGGGCUAGUUCAAAUUUGACGAGGUUUACACCCCGCUAACUGUUGUGGGUUAACACCAGCUGAGAUCGAUCCAAUUUGGGCUCGAGUUGUAUCUUAAAUCUUACACCUGCCUCUGAGUAUGCAUAAAACCCUCUGUAAAACACUAAGUGGUCAAGGUGCAUCGUAUAAAAACAUGGUCUGUCUUGGACAAUGAGGAAGAGCAGAGGGCUUGCCCAUGCAUGUCUCCAGUUUUUCUGGACUUUCGGGGUUCUCUGUACUGUGCUAUAGCAUGAUACACAUCCUCAACCCUGGCACGGUUGGAAGAGAUGGGCUUAAACAUAGUGCGGUUGCUAAUGCAUAAGCAUUAGUACUCAAUAUGGACAUGACUUUUAAUCAAUGCGACCAUUCAUCUUGACAAUCAUUGUAAACAAUGGUGGCAAAGGGUUCAUGUUGAUGUGAUGCAGAGGUUGAAUUUUGAGCCGAUGCAAACAUUCAGUUAGUGUUGUUGUCUAUAAUGCUAACUGUGAAACCACAUUUGUAAAUUAAGGAUGCCAUAUUGAUAACAUCAAGUCAUGCAUGUGUCAUAUUAUGAUGUUGUGAUGCAUCUACAAGAGGUAACUUCUAGAGCAGCAUGAGUGCAAACAAGUGGGGAAGCUUGGUGUGAGUGCUUCUUUAAUAACCCAUCUGUGUUCAAGCUUCUUUUUUAUUUUUUACAUUCAAAUAUAAUAGUUGACCAUUUCACUGUUACUUUACACUUACUUUACCAUAAUGCUUUGUCAUGUUUCUUUAAGUGAUAAGUACAUGGCAGUGAACAACUUAGGGGAAUUUCAGCUGCUGACCAGUUCAGAGACAAUCAGGCGUUAGAUUCAUCCCUCUGAUAAAUACUGCAUUGUGAACAGAGCUUUUUAGUGAUAGUGUAAGUGUGAGUAAAAUAUCAUUUUUAAGACAUAUUUUGGCAAUCCUAACCAGCUCAAGUGAACCUUGCAUCUAUGGUACAGUCAAACAUUGACACAACUUAACUAAUAAACAAAUUUGAACUAUUUCUGUGGUUCAGUCUUGACUGACACAGAGCUGGUGCAACAAGCUUUUUCUGUGUUAAUUUCAUGAUUAUCAGCUGUAGUAUAUCACAAGGUUCAAUAAAUGACAGUCAACAAAUGGAAGGACAUUUUGACGAGAAUGUAUCUCCUCAGCAGCUUGUAGAGACAUUUUUACAACUUUGCCUCCGGUGGAUAUGAUCGAUAAAGGUUUUAUUAGGCUCUUGGAGAGAUGUUUAGUUUGAAGAGGCUGCAGACUGAGCUCUUUGAAAUCAGUGACAGUUUAACAAAAACAAAAACAGAAUUUAGCGUGAAUGCUUCCCUUAGAAAUACAGCAGGUGAUACCAAAUGCAAGUAGUGUUGAUUUAGAUUCACCCUCUCAAUGGAGUUGUGGAUGGAGUCAAAUGAUGUCAACUUUCUUCCCCUGGCUGCCAUCACAUUAACACUAGUCUCUUUUUUUAUCAGUACAAAUUGGAUUAACCUGGUCUGAACAAGGCCAAACAGAUUAACUUUGAAAUUGAGGGGGAUUAAAACUAUCUGCUACAACAAAUAAAACAUGAGCUUGUAUGUUAAACAGCUUUCGGCUAAUUUCUUUAGGAGAUUUAGAGUAGCCAAAUAUUUCUCUGUCAGCUGAAAAGAACCUCACUGAUCACAAACAUAAUCCUUUAUGACUAUUUCUUGACAUCAGUAGUCAAAAGAGAUGUUUUUCAUGACUAGUAAUGUAACUGUUAACCAAGCUAAAUUACAUUUGCUGCCUGCUGCUUAUUUGACUUAAUUGUUUAAAGGUAGGAAUACAGUGCGAGUUAGGAAGUAUUCUAUACAGAGAAGAAUAAAAGCUGUAAAGCUGCUUGUUAGCAGUUAGCACACUCCCCCGUGAGAAAAAAAACGGUUAGCUAACAGCCUAUUAACCGUCAGUUUUGUACGUAACAGAUAGUUAGCUGACACUAACAAGUCUCGCUUUAUUCUCCUUUGAGAGAAAAAUGUCGUUACAGUAUCAAAUCUGAGCUGGGGUGGAGCACGCCAGAGGAAAAGUAUGUUUUUAAGGCAGUGUUUACUGCUAACUCAGCUGGACAGUGUGUUCACCAUUAGCUCGGUUGCAAGACAACAACGACGAUCAAACAGCCAGUCAGUCUGUGUGAGUGAUGAAUUCAGAUACAGGCUAAUAUUACAGUGGAGAGUUAGAGUUACAAAAAAGGAAAAGUUUUGCUUUGAGAUCUAAAAAACUGAGAUGUUAAUUAACAGGACUUACAGAUUCUUCAUUGGCUUGAAUUGAAAUAACACAAACAUAUUGAGAACUUUGUUUUAUCUCAACAGAAAUAUAUGGUCAUACAUAAUUAUCUUGAGAAUGAAGAAAUAAUUACAUAAGAAUGAAGUCAUGAGAGAAAAGACUCCAAGAUUGAAAUAGUAAAUUAACCUUUAUGAAGUCUGAAUAUUAUCAGGAUGAGAAAUAAGUAGAGAAUUUACAAUAAUAACUCAUAUUUACAAGAUUAAAAUAGUAAAAUUACAACAACAACAAAAAACUGCAUAAUCUGUAAUUUGACCUUGAAGUUGUGAUCACACAAAAAUUAAAUUGAAAUUUUUGUAAGAAUAGAGGUAAUUGUAAGCAGUGAUUAAAAAGAAAUUGGCAUGUAGCGUGAAAUUAGCCAUGUGCACUAAAAUAAGGAACAUGGAUCAUUUUGUGAAGUUGAACUCAACAGCUGAGGUUCAACAACAUUGCAGGUGUCUGUACAGGUGGAUUCAGAACCCUGAGCUCUAUGAUAAUGUGGUGUUAAAUGUGUUAAAAGAUUGAGUGUUCAGUGAUACAUGAAAUCUGCAGGAUAACUUCACAAAAUGAUUCAAAUGCCUCAUUUUGGUGCAGACAACUGGCUUCUCUUCUCAUUUUCCCCUUCAAAACUUCAUUUUAUAACUUUUAUCGGGGCAAAUAUCUCUUUUUCUUCUGUAAGGUGUUCUUCAUAUUCAGUUUAACAGUACAAAGGGCAGCAGGGCAGUUUUAUUUUUCAGGUAGUACGUCUACAGCUGGCUUCUCUGAAUCUGUAUGGAUCAGCAGUUUUGUUUCGUUUUGUUUUCCUUCUCUAGCACUUGAUAAUGGCUUUUGGGUGUGACCAGGAGUUUGAACUCCAGAUAGGAUUAAAGGGGAAACUUAGAGGAGGAUGGAAAUGACUUCAGAGACACUUGUGUUUUUUUCCGCUUGUUCUGCAUUAACAGAAAAUCAAGAUCAAGUACUGUGUAGGCUAACCAGUGAAUCAAACAUUAAAAAUGCAUACCUCUUAUUAUGUGUACCUCUGCACACGGACUUCUUAACCUCCUACAUAUCCUGUAUAUUCUUGUGAUUUAAUACUCCGCAUGUCUGCUAACACCUCUGUAUGCUAAAAGCUCACAAUGUUUCAUGUCUGUGUAAGCCAUGACUCACCAUAGGCUGGUGUCUGCCGUUUGACAGCUUCGUCUUAGUGGUUUUGUUGUGGUCACAGCUGGUCCUGUGGCUCCUCUGCUGAACAUUACUGUCUUUUUGAAGGAUCUGGAGUAUCAAUCAAACCAAAAGGCCUUCUCUCAGGACUCACCGUUCAGUGGCUAUGCACAUGGGUGAAAAUCAGACGCAGAGAAAGAAACUGUGCUUGCUGCAUCUCUGAGGACAACACAAGGGUGUUUUACUGUUUUACAUUUGUUGGCUGCUUUCUUCUGUUCUUUAAGUGUCCUUUGUUUUUGAUAAAUAGCCUUCACACUGACUCAAUGGUGAUUUCAUUUGCCUUACUUUUCUUGACAACAGCCAUGAACAAGAAACACUACUGUAUCUCUAACAGCAAAUACUCUGGAGAGAAAAUCUAAGUUACAAAAUAAUAUAAACUCAAUAAGUCACAAAUGAAAUGGUGUGUGUGAAAAAGGGAGACACUUGCAAUGUUUUUUUUUUUCUUUUGUGUGUGUGUAUAACAUUGCAGUAAACAACCUCGAACCUUCAAAA